CUGCUAGUUGUAAUAGUGUUUGUAUGCCGUGUAUUUUAUGUAGUGAUGAAAGAAAAUUAAAACAGCUCCUGUGGAGGUACAGAAAAUUGGGGAGAGUUUAUUUAUUUAUUAUAACUAUUAUUAAUUCUUCAUAAUGAUGCAUCAGCUUGGGUCGGAAAGUAAAUCCAUGUGUUAGUCCUCAUACUGCGUAAUGGAGGACUUGGAUACAGAGGAGCAGUUUCUUCGGUAUGCCAGAAAUGGGAACCUCCCAGGAAUUCAAAGGCUUUUGCUGUCUAAAAUAAAAGAAGAGGCAAAAUUUGACAUCGACUGUAAAGGCAAGAGCCGGUCGAAUUUUGGAUGGACUUCUCUUCAUCUGUCCUGCUACUUUGGACACAGGGAUGUGGUGGAGGAAUUGCUAAAGGCUGGAGUAGAUGCCAAUCUGACCAACAAUGUAGGAGACACACCACUCCAUAAAGCAGCAUUCACAGGACGAAAGGAGGUGGUGAUGCUGCUGCUUCAGUACGAUGCUUGUCCUUCGGUCAUAAACGGCUCGGCUCAGAUUCCCAAAGACAUCACGCACGAUGAGGAGAUCAGGAGCAUGCUGGAAGCGGCUGAGCGAACCGAGGAGAGGAAGUUGGAGGAGCAGGUGUUAGAAGCAGCUCGAGAAGGAGCCACAACUACCCUGUUAAAACUGCUGAACAGGAAGAAACCUCCAAACAUCAACUGCACGGACCUGCUGGGUAACACGCCAUUACACUGUGCUGCAUACAGAGGCCAGAAACAGUGUGCAAUCAAACUGCUGCAGAACGGAGCCAGUCCCAACAUCAAGAAUAAGAACGGUCAGACCGUAUUUGAUCUUGCAAAGGACACAGAGAUGAGGCAGAUCCUGGAGGGCAGUUUGAUGAAAGGUCCGAGGCGUUAUGUUCAGAUGUUUGAUGGUCCUCUUUGGAAGAGCACCAGGUUCUUUGGCUGGCGUUCCUGCUGGGUUGUUAUUCAAGAUGGAGUUUUGUCAUGGUAUUCGAAACAGUCUGAUGCUGCAUCCAACAUUCAGGGUAAAGGCUGCAAAGCCCUGACCCAGGCCCAGUGUAGUACUAAAGACAGCUGCUAUUUUACAGUCAAGUGCUUCGAUGACAGUGUCCAUUAUUUUAAAGUCUCACCAAAAGGCAACCCAGUAGCUACCAGAAAAAAAUGGUUGGAAGCUAUCGAGGCGCACUCAGCAUUCAGCACUCACUACUGCUCACAGGAUCAGGGCAGUGAGGAAGAUGAGGAUGAGGUGAUAUCACUGGGAGAGCUGACGGAGUCUCUGCUGCGAGCUGAGACGUGUCAUGAGAAGUUAGAGUCUGAGGUGCUUUCACUCUUCUCCAUGGUGAAAGAGGAUGCACUCAGUGAAGGCAUUCCGGUGCCUGUGCAGCAGAAGCUCAGAGAGGUGUGCGAGGCAUCCAGCGAGACCUGUUCAACUCUACGUCAGUGUCUCGACUUGUUCUCGAAACAGGAAGGGGCACGCAGUCUGAAGCUGGAACAGGAAGUUGAGAAGAGCAAAAUUCUGUCAGAGGCUCUCCAGAUUUUAGCUACAGAGCAUCAUGAGCUGGAGCAGUCUGUGGUUCGAGGCUCGUCUCCUCGCAGCGCCAUUCUCAGCGAGGAUGACUUCUAUGAUGCCCUUUCCUUUUCCACCUCAGAGAAUUCGCAGAGCUACCUAGACUUGAGUGGGUCGUUCAAGGAAGAGGACGAGGGCAGGUCAGAGCUCUAUAACAACGUGCCGAGUUGUCUCAACGCUGGGAGGAUGUCCCAGGAGGAUUGGCGUGGUGAUGAAGAGGAGGAUGAUAAAGGAGCCAAAUCGAGUGGAGCUAAAAGAUACAGGACAAGUUUGCCGGCACCGAUGUUUUCCAGGAACAACUUCAGCAUAUGGAGCAUACUAAGAAAGUGCAUUGGAUUGGAGCUCUCUAAGAUCACAAUGCCAGUCAUAUUUAACGAGCCGCUCAGCUUUUUACAGAGACUCACAGAGUACAUGGAGCACACUUAUCUCAUCCAGCAGGCUAACGACUCCACCGACUCCAUCGAGAGAAUGAAGUGUGUAGCAGCAUUUGCAGUGUCUGCAGUGGCAUCUCAGUGGGAAAGGACUGGGAAACCCUUUAACCCCCUGCUGGGGGAGACAUAUGAGCUCGUCAGAGAGGAUUUGGGUUUCCGAGUGGUCUCGGAGCAGGUGAGCCACCAUCCUCCAGUCAGUGCUUUCCAUGCCGAGGGUCUGCAGAAGGAUUUUGUCUUUCACGGCUCAAUCUACCCCAAGUUGAAGUUCUGGGGUAAAAGUGUGGAGGCCGAGCCGAAAGGCAUCAUGACUCUGGAGCUGCCUAAGUAUAAUGAGGCGUACACGUGGACAAACCCAACAUGCUGCGUCCACAACAUUAUCGUGGGGCAGCUUUGGAUUGAACAGUAUGGAAAUGUGGAGGUGGUCAACCACAAAACUGGAGAGAGGUGCUGUCUCAGCUUUAAACCUUGUGGUCUUUUUGGUAAAGAACUGCACAAAGUUGAAGGCUACAUUCUGGACAAAAGCAAAAAGAAAGUGUGUGUUCUGUAUGGGAAGUGGACAGAGUGCAUGUACACAGUGGAUUCGGCAACGUUCGAGGCUCACAAGAAGAACGAUAAGGCCGCCGAGGGAAAGAAAAGCAGUAAAGAGGGGUCCAGUGCUGGGUCUGAGGAAAGCCCACAACCAGGUGGUGACUCUGUAGAGGAGAUUUCAGGCAGCCAGUUACUUUGGAGAAUCUCACCAAGACCAGCCAACUCCGCUCAGAUGUACAGUUUCACGUUGUUCGCCAUGCAGCUAAACGAGCUCAAUGAAGAGAUUGAAGCUGCAAUUCCCAAAACCGACUGCAGACUCAGACCCGACAUCCGCGCCAUGGAAAACGGAGACAUUGAUUUGGCAAGUGAGGAGAAAAAGAGGCUGGAGGAAAAGCAGAGAGCAGCACGGAAAAGCCGAGCCAAGUCAGACGAGGACUGGAAGACGAGAAGCUCCGCAUUCAGCCCCAGGUGGUUUAAUCAGGGUCCAAACCCUCACACCAACUCUCCAGAUUGGCUAUUCUCCACUGCUUACUGGAACCGAGAUUACUCCCAAGUGCCUGAUAUAUACUGACACGAUCUACAAUACCUUCAAACUAAAUUGGGCCACAUCGGAUAUUUGUGUAAUAAACUUUUUUUUUUUUAAGAUUGAA